AUGUCAUCAUCUUCACUAGAGACCGGACAUUGUCAAAGAAAUAAAGAGGUCGUUGCUUCCAGAGACAGUAUCAGUUCGUUGCCCGACGAUUUGCUCAUCCAUAUUUUGUUGCUUGUCCCGACCAAAGAUGCAGUGGCGACAAUGGUUUUGUCAAAACGAUGGCGUUAUCUCUGGACGCUGGUGCCUAAACUCGAGUACAACGACACUAGUGAUGAUCAGAGCGAAAGCGUUUGGAAGUUUCUUGAAAAUUUAUUGGAACUUCACGAGGCACCUUUAUUAGAAACUUUGUGUAUCAAACUCGGUAGAGAACGUCCUAUUGACGUAGAUGUUUGGAAAUUGGUUGCAAAUGCGGUUGACCGCUUUGUGCGCAAUGUAGAGUUGGAGCUCCUCUGGACCUCGGAGCCUACCAUCUUGCCUAAGAGCCUUUACACAUGCAAAACGCUUGUGGAAUUGACUCUUUCCAACAAGAUUCUUGUGGAUGUUCCUUCUCCGGCUUGCCUCCCUUCACUCAAAUUAUUGUGCCUAUUCUAUGUGGAAUUCAAGGAUGAAGAUUCUCUCGAGAGGCUUGUAUCAAGUUGUUCACUUCUUGCUCGAUCGAAUUUGACCUUAGGAAUCAGUGAUAAGUACCGUAGAAACAGUGUCCCGAUGGUGGAUAAUUGCAAUCCACGUAUCGACCUUGUAUGUAAUAUAAAUGACAAGUUUCUCCGAGCUAUUUCCUUGGUUACGACUCUUUUGUUACCUUUGAAAGAUCCAAUGGUACUGAUAUUUCGUGGCAUUACCUUCUCUCGACUUGAUGUGUUAAUGCUAUGUCCACUUGGCCAUCUCUGGUUGGAUCUAAUUCCACCAAUUCUCAACAACACUCCUAAACUAACAACUCUAAUUAUCAACACUAUUGUAAGUAACAAGGAUUUGGAGCCGAAAAUAUCACAUUGACAUGGUACCAACCAAGUUUUGUUCGUAAUGAGAUGCUUAUCGUAUCAUCUAAAGUUUUUUGGAUGGAGAGGAUAUAGAGGAAACGAAGAAGAGAAGUAGCUUAUGAGAUACAUCCUUGCAAACUCAAAGUGUUUAAUGAAAGUGAGAAUCAAUUUGACAUCAACUUUCAAUCAUGAAGAGGAAGAGAUGACAAAAAAGGAGCUAAAGUCUAUGCCUAGAGUUUUAACAACGUGUAAGUUUUGUUUUGAAUGA